AUACCCUCAUAUAUCAAGGGUAUGGAUAAGAGGUACCUACCUUGAAUUCAUGAGUAGAUUUCUCUUCUACCAUUAUAACCGCCCACCCGACCCGGCGGUGAUAGUGAGAGUAGUUCGGGCUCAAAAUGAGGUUUACGAGUCAAUUGACGAUAGCUUGGUGUAUUUUCACUGCACCUCUGGGAACCAUUGCUAGAGUACCGCCGCGAGAUAACAGCACCCGAUGCCAUAAGACAAGCGUCGCGAUACUUGGGGCUGGUGUUGCCGGCAUCACGGCUGCUCAGGCUCUAUCGAACGCCUCUGUCUCGGACUUUCUAAUCAUUGAGCGAAAUGAUUACAUUGGCGGUCGAGUGGCGCACACGAACUUCGGAAAGAAGCCCGACGGAACUUCUUACGUGGUAGAGCUAGGAGCGAAUUGGAUCCAGGGGCUAGGCGCACCUGGCGCACCGCAGAACCCAAUAUGGACAUUGGUCGAGAAGUACGGAAUAAAUAAUACGUACUCCGAUUAUGACUCUAUAAAACUCUAUGAUGAGUCCGGAGAGGCUAAUUAUAGCACUCUUUUUGAUGCAUGGGAUGAUGCGAACCAGGACAUCGCGGAGCACGCUGGAUAUACACUCGAAAACAACUUGCAGGAUGUAAGCGCCCGCACAGCUCUUAAUCUUGCUGGUUGGAAGCCGAAGAAGGAUAUGCAUGCUCAAGCAAUCGAGUGGUGGUCCUGGGAUUGGGAAAGCGCCUUAUCGCCGGAUGAGAAUAGCUUAGUAUUUGGCGUCACGAAUUAUAACGCGACUUUUAACCAAUUCGGCGAAGACAAUAAUUUCGCAUGGGACCAAAGAGGCUUUAAUAGGUAUAUUAUCGGCGAGGCGGAUGAAUUCCUAGAGGAACAUGAUCCACGACUUUUUCUGGGGACUAUUGUGAAGAAGAUUUCUUAUAGUCCUAGUGGAAUUGUUGUCUACCUUGACGAUGGUGGUUGUGUUGAAGCUCAACAUGCGAUCUCAACGUUUUCGGUCGGUGUGUUGCAGAACGACGUAGUAGAAUUCGACCCACCGCUACCUCGGUGGAAGCGUGAAGCCAUAGAACAAUUCGGUAUGGCAACAUAUACCAAAAUAUUCUUCCAGUUCAAUGAAACCUUCUGGGAUCGAGACACUCAAUACUUCCUAUACGCUGAUAAUAUCACCCGUGGCUACUACCCUGUCUGGCAAUCGCUCUCGGCACCGGGCUUUCUUGAAGAGUCUAAUAUAAUAUUUGUGACGGUAAUCGGCGACCAAUCGUAUAGAGUCGAGCGACAAUCCAACGAGAAAACGAAAGCGGAGGCCAUGGAAGUCUUGGGAAAGAUGUUUCCAGAUAAGCACAUACCGGAUCCAAUUGCAUUUAUGUAUCCGCGAUGGAGCACGGAAGAAUGGGCCUACGGCUCCUACAGCAGUUGGCCAGUCGGUAUGACGUUAGAGAAACACCAGAAUUUGCGCGCGAACGUCAAUCGGUUGUGGUUUGCUGGUGAGGCUACCUCGGCGGAGUAUUAUGGCUUCAUGCACGCCAGUUGGUUCACGGGACGCGAUGUUGGAAUACGCGUUGCCGGUCAACUUGGAAAAGGACCAUGCGCCGGCAACGCGAGUACUAGUUGCGGAUCUAUGGUAGAGUACUCAGAGCUUCAUGGGACGACACCUCCAUGGCAGUACAAUGUAGCCAAUGGGUGGCCGGUGAGUAGUUUUGUGACAACUGGGAUUGAGGAUGAGUAAGUAGACCUGUUUCUCGGUACCAUUCAGAUAGACCGAGAACUUAUUAAUACCUACCAACUUUUGCCU